UAAAUCCCCAAAAAAUUGCAAUUAAUAAACCCAACCCCCCUCUACCAUAAUUGUUUAUGACCGAAAGCGACCAAAAUUCUAGAACUUCCAUUGUAACUGCCGACGACCCUAUAUACACGAGCCCAAUGGAGUACUUCCCUCUUGUAUGAAUAGGAGAAUACGGCAGAAGAAUUGAAGACGAAGAGAGCAGGAGUAGACUCAUGACAUAUUCAGGAAAUCCUCAAGCCCAAAUGAUGAAGCACUCGGAGUUAGCCCCCGUUGAGAGAUCCGGAGGGAUUAUUGCUAACCAAUCUCGAAGAGGCAUACAUCACAUGUUCUGUAUUACUAUGUUCAAUGAGCCUUACAUCCAGAUAUUGCAGUCCCUUGCAGGGAUUUAUAGGGCUUACUUUGAGUUAUUGGAGAUUAACAAGAACAAGUAUGAAGACAAGAUUUCAGUGUGCAUUGUAUGCGAUGGCUACCCUAUCUUUACAAAGGGGGAAAAAGGAAUGGAGAACAUGAAAAGAUACGAGAAGGCUGGUAUUUAUAAUAAUGAAAGCUCUAAAACUUACUGGAAUGUAAAUAAAGAGAAAACGGGGAAAAAGAAAGAUGACAAUUUUGAUUACUCUGAAGUACCUUCUAUAUCAAAUUUGGAGAAUGAUAGUGACGGCAUUGCUGAUAUAACUUUGGAAACUAAGAACAUCGCCCACUGCUACUCUAGGUCCAUGAGGUUUGAAGAUUUCCUGAGUGGUCUUAGUGUUCAAGAACAGCAAGGCUUCAAGAUUGACGACCUUGCUAUUGAAGACUUUCUGUAUGGUGAUGACGAGGAGACCAAAAUUAAGACGAGGAGAUUCUGUUCCAUGCCUAUCGAUGUACAUCUUGUUGUAAAGCAUUUUAAUAGAGGCAAGAUUGAGAGUCAUCUUUGGUUCUUCAAAGGCUUCUGUAACACAGUUCAACCAACAUUGGCUACCAUUAUUGAUGCUGGAACCAUUCCCCUCUGGAACAGUUUGUCCAAAAUGUCUAUUUUUAUGGAACUGAACUACAACACUGGAGCUUGAUGUGGAGAAAUCGAAGUGAUGCUCAAUGACAAGCACGAUGAUGGCAAAGAAGUUACUUUCUUCGAGAGCAUUCUCCAAAGAUCUCAAUAUGUCGAAUACAAGCUUUCUCACUAUCUCGAUAAAUCUGCUGAAUCGCUAUUUGGCUACAUCUCAGUCUUACCUGGAGCCUAUUCAAUGUUCAGAUGGCAAUGCAUCGAAGGAGUUCCUUUGAACGAAUUCUUGAAAGGGACUAUCAUUUCAGACCCAUCAAGGCCAUAUCCUUCUUGCUCUGAAGGCAACAAAUUUCUAGCCGAAGACCGAAUCAUGCCCUUAGAAAUCAUUUCCAAAGAAGGGUAUCCUUUCCUGAUUAGAUACGUUCCUGGCUGUAAGGCUUAUACUGACGCUCCGAGCGAACUCAAAGUGCUGAUUAAACAAAGACGAAGAUGGUUCAAUGGAAGUCUUUUUGCUACUUUAUAUGUGUUAUGCCAUCCACUCAGAAUCUGCAGAAGAAGUGGGAAAUUACGAGCUCUAUUUUAUUGGUUGUUCUUCUUGUACAUGGCCAUUAACACUUUAGCUGGACUUCUCAUUGUUGGUCUAUACUAUGCAGCCUACUCUAUAUUCUUGAGAUCAGUGUUCUCAGAAGCAGAAUGACCUGACUUGUCCAAAACAGCAAAUAUUCUUGAGAACAUCUACCUGGCGUUCAUCUUCUUCACGUUGAUCUUGAGCACCUGAGUUCGUUUGGAAUGGUGCGAUAGAAUCUUCAAAGUAAUUGCUGUGUUUAUGGGAGUCUUCUCAGUUUUGAUGAGCGUUGCAGUGCUGAUCUCUGUGAUGAAUCUCGAACUCAACUACAAGGUGUACAUAGCUGUGGGAGGAGUCAUCUGCACUUAUGUGUUACCGAUGAUUCUUAACUUUAGAAGAUUGAAGUUCUUAGAUUUUGUGAAAGGAACAAUCUUCAUCUUUUUCAUGGCUCCAACAUAUAUCAACAUCAUGACCAUCUACGCAAUAUCGAACAUUCAUGAUGUGACCUGGGGGUCUAGAGGCUCUGAAGACGAAAAUGGGACCGAGAGCGAAAGAGACAAAGCUCAGAGGAUUGACUAUGAGAACUUCAGAUGCAAUUUCCUAAUUGUCUGGCUAUUUGCGAAUAUUGCUGCUGGCUGGUGUGUUGUGUUCUUCUCAAGAGAAGACCAGACUGAGUAUUUGUUCCUGGUGGUCUUGGCUUUGGGAGGAAUUAUCGCCUUGAAAAUAAUAUUCUCAAUUUGUUAUGAAGUCAGGUUCUGGUGUAAGAACGUAAAGAUGAAAAAGAGAAUCAGGAUUGAAAUGAAAAAUCAUGGGAUGGAGUUCAACACAGAAGUUAUAGAAAGAGCUAAAAUCCAAGAUAUUGAGCUUGUUAAUAUUUCAAGAUCUAAGGAAGAAGAUAAGAAAGGUACUAAAAAAUCUUCUGAAGUGUCUUCUAAAGAUAACUCUGAGGCAGAAGGCGAACAAGAAGACCUUUCUAGUUCACAGAGUAACCAAGAUAGCACUUCUGCCUUAGGGAUCGAUGAAGAGGAAGCUUCUAGCUCAGAAGAAGACCUGGAUGAGUCUUCAGAAGAAGAAGCUGAUGGAGGACAGUUUUGUAUAGACUAAAUUUAAGAUAAAG